GUUUGUGACUGUUGGACGUCGGGAGCCCGAGGUCCUUAUCGGAUACCCACACCGGUUACAGUGAUCGGCGUUCGGAGAAUUGUUCGGGCGUGGCUUCACGACUGAGUCUUUCGCCCAUGGCUGAAGCUCCAAGUAGGCUGUACCUUCUCGACAACCACCUCGUAUGGGGUCACGGAUAUCCGAAAAGGUUGUGGCGGUGGCCAAAGCUGGAUUGAAGAGAGGGCCCCGCAACUCCCCUUCCAAUGCCUUCAUCCGCCGCGAGAAAUCCUUUCGGAAAUGGAAGCUAUAUCGCCCUACAAUACUCCCCAAUAGAUUCAAGAUACUUGCCGUGAAGGACAAUAUCUCCACAACAUCCUUUGAAACUACCUGCGCCUCCAACUUUCUCAAAGACUAUGAGCCCCCGUUCGAUGCCGAUGUCAUCAAAAGUUUGUACCAGCGGGGCGGCGCCGUGGUCGCCAGCAAAACGAACAUGGACGAAUUCGGCAUGGGGUCUCACUCAGUUAACUCUCACUACGGCGCCGUCACAAACUCUCCGCCAUUCGAGGCGUAUUCUGCCGGCGGCAGCUCCGGCGGUAGCGCACAAGCCGUAGCAAGCGGCUCCGUGCAGGCCGCUCUAGGAACAGACACCGGUGGCUCCGUCCGACUCCCCGCCGCAUACAGCGGCGUUACCGGCCUCAAGCCCUCAUACGGCCGCAUCUCUCGUCACGGCGUAGUCCCUUACGCCCACAGCCUCGACACCGUAGGCCUCUUCUGCAAAAACCCAGAGGAUAUGACCGUAUUCCUGCUGGCCGGGCAGGAUCUACGAUCCCGCGACCCCACAACCCCAAUGGAGCCCGCCAUCAAGCGCAUGUCCGAUGCCAUCCGCCGUGAAGAAGCACGCCUCGGCCGCUGGCCCGUAACAGACACCAAGCCCCUCCGCAUCGGCGUGCCUGCCGAAUACAACAUCGCCGAGCUCUCCCCCGCCGUCCGCCACACCUGGCAACGCACCCUCGACACCCUCCGCUCCCACGGCCACGCCAUCGUCCCCGUCUCCCUACCCUCCACCAAGCAUGCCCUGAGCGCCUACUACAUCAUCGCCGCCGCCGAGGCCUCCUCCAACCUCGCCAAGUUCGACGGCGUCCGCUACGGCUCCCGCGAAGACGCCUCCGACAACCCCACUGGCGUCCUCUACGCGUCCACCCGCGGCGCAGGCUUCGGCGACGAAGUCCGCCGCCGCAUCCUCCUCGGCACUUACUCCCUCAGCGCCUCCGCCAUGGACAACUUCUUCGUGCAAGCCCAGCGCGUCCGCCGCCUCGUCCAGCGCGACUUCGACCGCGUCUUCGCUGUGGCAAAUCCCCUGCACCCAGAAAAGCAAUUCGAUCUCGCCGACAUGCCCGAGAUGACGGAAAUGGACAGCAAGCUCGGCCCCGCGCAGGUCGACGUGCUAGUCGUCCCGACGGCGCCGACGCUGCCGCCGUUAAUAAAAGACGUGAGGUCCCAGGGCUCGCUCGCGGGCUACACCAACGAUGUGUUCACAGUCCCCGCGUCGCUGGCGGGCCUGCCGGCGAUAUCGGUGCCGGUGCCGAUCGCGGAGGAGGCGAGGGAGAAGGGCAACGUGGGGUUCGUGGGCAUGCAGGUUAUUGGGCAAUAUUAUGACGAUUUUCAUGUUAUUAAUGUGGGGUCCAUGGUCGCGGCGGGGGUGGAGUGGCCGUCGAAGCUGGAAAAGCUGGAAGAGAGGUGGGCGAAAAUGAGGGGAAAUGCAGUGAGGAGGUAUGGGUUUAAGAGACCAAUAGGGUUUGGUGACAAGUAG